AUGGCUCAUGGACAUCAUCGCCGCCGGCGCCCAGCCCGAGAAGUUUACUUUAAACUAUCCGCUAAAGAUUCGAAACAAGCUCAUUUAUUCUCUCUUAAGUACGAGAAAACGAGUGGAUUACUCGAGAAGCUGAAGGGAAAAUUGACCGAAUACAAGGUCGAUUUUGCCAACGUCUUCUGGAUUGAUCAUGACAAGGAUCAAAUAUUCUUGCAAACUGUCGAAGACUUGAGAGAGGCUAUCAAAUUCUCUCGCUUCGUUGUCAAGUUGUAUGUGGAGACUCCUGGUGAGAAGAAGAUUUUGAAGACUGAAGAAGACGACGACGGCAAGAGCAGCAGCAGCUCUUCGUUCUCCAAAGUUUCUCGUCGUGAGGAAGACGUGUCUUCUGAAUCAGAAUCAUCUUCUUCGGAAUCAGAAAGUAGCGGUGAUGAUGAUGACAAGGGAGGCAAGAAGCCACGUGGACGUUCUGUUUCGUCUUCUUCGUCUGGAAGUUCAUCGUCUUCUAGAUCGUCAUCUCAAUCUUCGCGUUCUCCAUCUCGUGGACGUCGUGGGCAUGGAUCUCGUUCUCCAUCUGGAUCUCCAGAAAGGUGUGAGAAGAAGAAGAAGGAAGAUUUGAAAGCAAUGAAGGGACAAAAAGAUGAGCAUCGUGGACACCACGAAAAGCAUGGACAUCAUCAUGGACCGCGUAGAGACAAUGGAUCUCGUUCUCCAUCUCCUCCAGGCCCACCAGGCUGUCACAGACGUUAUUGGCGACAUGGAAGUCAUGGAAGACAUGGAUCUCGUUCUGGAUCACCAGGAGGUCAUGGAGGCCAUCACCAUGGACCACCAGGACGUCACGAACAUCAUCAUGGACCACCAAGAAAACACGGAAGACACGGAUCACGCUCUCACUCUCCCAGAGGUAGACACGGACACCAUCACGGACCACCACCAUGUCCAGGAAGACACGGACAUCAUCACGGAGGACGUCAUGGACCAGGAGGACGUGGAAGAUCAGGAUCGCGUGGUCGUCAUGGACCACCAUGUCCACCACCAUGGCCACAUCAUCAUGGUCAUCAUCACCAUCAUGGAAGAUGUCCAUCUCCAGGACACCGUCAUCACCACCAUCAUGGAUGUCAUCCACCAUUCCCACCAUUCCCACACCAUCACGGACACCAUCAUCACCACCAUUGUCCACCAUUCUGGCCACCACACCGUCGUGGACAUUGCCACCAUCAUGGACGCCAUGGACAUGAUCAUGGACACCAUGAUCAUGGGCAUCAUGGCCAUCAUGGACACCGUUCAUUUUCUCCAUAA